AUGGAGAUAAUAACACCAACGCCACCAACAACAGCCGUCACUACGACAAACACAGCCGCGAAAUCGCCGGAACCCGACAUAGAGACUCCGACCCGGAUCCACCAAGCCGUCGGAAACCCGAAUCCGAGUCCAAAGCCGGUGUCUUUCUCCAACGGGGUCUUGAAGCGCCACCAUGCAAACCACCGCGUCACCGCCGUGGUUUACAAGGAAUGCUUGAAGAACCACGUGGCGAGCUUAGGUGGCCACGCCCUCGACGGCUGCGGCGAGUUCAUGCCGUCUCCGGCGGCCACCGCCGACGACCCCAGCUCCAUCAAAUGCGCCGCCUGCGGCUGCCACCGCAACUUCCACCGCCGCGAGCCCGAGGAGCCGCCAAUUUCCCCGGCAACGCAUCAUGUUCUGGAGUACCAGCCCCAUCACCGUCACCACCCUCCGCCGCCGGUUCCUUCACACCGGAGUCCUAACUCCGCCUCCCCGCCGCCGAUCUCCUCCUACCCGUCGGCACCCCACAUGCUCCUCGCCCUCGCCGGAGGCAGCGGCCUCUCCGUCGCGCCGGAAAACACAGCCGCGCCGGCUCAGGCUCACCACUCCCGGAAGCGCUUCCGCACGAAAUUCACCCAGGAGCAGAAAGAGAAGAUGCACGAGUUCGCCGACAAAGUGGGGUGGAAGAUGCAGAAGCGCGACGAAGACAUGGUUAUGGAGUUUUGCAACGAGGUUGGUGUCGACAGAGGAGUUCUCAAAGUGUGGAUGCACAACAACAAGAAUACUUUCGCCAAAAAAGACAACCUUAAUGGUAGUGCUGGUCUCGUCAGUGCCAACGGGAUUAACCAUGUUCCCACAGUAAUCAGCGCUACCGUCAGAAGCAACGUUGAUGUCCUCGAACAUGAACGCGGCGGAAUCAACGGUAACAGCAACGACGACCACAACCACAACCCCGGUUCUUCUCACGAUGCGAACGAGUACGAGAAUGAUAGUGGAACAAACGGUGGUGGAACAAAUGGGUCUUCUUCUUCUUCUUGA